AUGGCUGACAACUCGACGAAGCCUACCGAUUCAGAAAUCGAGCCCGAAAUGGACUUAAAGCCCAAGGCCGCGGCUGAAAAGCCCUCAUCAGUGAGUGCAAACGGCGGCGGCAGCGGUGGAUGGGGCGGAUGGGGCUUUUCUCCGCUCUCUUAUCUAUCAGAUCUUCAGAAAGCUGCUAAUGUGGCCGCCGAAGAGAUCUCUCGCAAUGCUGUUGAGGCUGCUAGGACAGCAGCAAAGACCAUUUCAGAGACUAUUGCUGAAGAUUCAGACUCUUCUGAGGAAAAUAAAAAAGUAUCUGUUGAUGAAGAAACAGAUGACGAAAAUGACAAGCGGCGCAAAGCAGCCCUGGAGAAGUUAGAGAAAGCUAGUGAAGAUUCCUUACUUAGCCAGGGUUUGAAGGUUCUUGAUACAUCAGUAGAAUCUUUUGCUUCAGGAGCUUGGCUAGCUUUUGGAACUGCAUUGAAAGGGGGAGCCACUCUAGUUCAAAAGAUUGAGGAUUCUGCUUCAAGUUUAACUGAUUCAAUCCAACAUGGCGGUCUACCUGAGUCGGCCGGUUCUGCUGCACCAUCUUUGUUAGAGACUGGAAAAGCUUUUACAGCGAAGAGUAUGCAAGUGCUUGAGAAAGUUGGUAAAGAAACCAUGGAUCUGUUAAUUUCAGAAACCGGGAUUCAAGUUGAGAAAAAAACUGGAGGAAUAAUGGAUGAAGAUCUUGAGGAAAUUACAUUUGACAGAUGCUUUUAUAUCUAUGGAGGUCCAGAGCAGCUGGAGGAGUUAGAGGCAUUAUGCAACCAUUAUACACUGUUAUAUAACCGAAGAAAGGCUAAACUCUCGUCUGAAGAAAAAUCUAUCUUCGAUGGAAAGCUUAAAGAAGUUCAACAGAUAUUUGACUUGGGUGCUAUAGUUGAUGGAAAUUUUACAGACUCGGGAAAAGGGAAAAUGAUAGAGGCUGGUAACAUUGACAACAUUGAUGAAUUCAAGAAGCUACACGACUCCAGCCUUUCUAAGGCUGCAGAAUUGGCUGCAGGUUUUGCUAGUGCUUUAGCUGGAUUGUCCCCAAGUGACAUAAUUCAAAAAACUUCAAGGAGGCUGGAUGCUCUUCAUUCCGAGGGCGUGCAUAGGCUUUCCGAAAUGUGCUGCUUUGGUGUAACUCAGAUAUUGAUGCUCGGGAGGUCCAUCAUAUCUAACGCCAACAAAGUUGAAGAUCAAGAUAUUGAGGAAACAAUGAGGAUUGAUUGGCCUGAGGACUCUGUGGAGAAAGCUAAGAUAAUCCGAACAAAGGCCCAUUCAAUGACUGGAAAUAUUGAAGCUGUUUUCAACAGUUUCAUUACUGGCAUAUCCGAGGUGGCAGAAGCUUAUGUGGCGGCCAUCAAAAGUGCAGCUGCUGAGUCACCAGAAGUUCUUGGUCAGAAAUCUGUACAGGACAAGGCCAAUGUCUUUAAGGAACGUCUUAAUGCAGAUCACGGCACGGCUGUGGGUAAAAUGAAGGAUGGACUUCAGUAUUUGAGCUAUUUGGUCAUUUCUAACUCAAUGCCUACUGUUUGA